CUUCUUUUUUUUUCCUAGUCUGAUCAGUAAUCUCUUCAAUAACUUGUCUUGUUGCCUUCAAUUGUAGACUGUGAUUGAAAGGCGGGACGAAUAACCAUGGAUCAGAAGGAGAUUUCCCUGGAAGCUAUCAACAAGGAAACUGUAGAUCUGGAGAACAUCCCAGUUGAAGAAGUUUUCGAGAAGUUGAAUUGCACCAAAGAUGGACUGACUGGCGAUGAAGUUCAGCAAAGGCUGCAAGUCUUUGGUUACAACAAACUCGAAGAAAAACAUGAAAGCAAAGUCCUCAAGUUUUUGUCCUUCAUGUGGAAUCCACUCUCAUGGGUUAUGGAAGCAGCUGCUAUCAUGGCCAUUGCUCUUGCACAUGGUGAUGACAAACCUACAGAUUACCAUGAUUUUGUUGGGAUCAUUCUGCUGCUAAUCAUCAAUUCAACCAUCAGUUUCAUAGAAGAGAACAAUGCUGGAAACGCCGCCGCUGCUCUCAUGGCUCGCUUAGCACCGAAGGCAAAGAUUUUACGCGAUGGGAAGUGGAAUGAGGAAGAUGCAGCUGAAUUGGUUCCUGGAGAUAUCAUUAGCAUCAAGCUAGGUGACAUCAUUCCUGCUGAUGCUAGACUUCUUGAAGGAGAUCCUCUCAAAAUUGAUCAGUCUGCUCUUACAGGAGAGUCGCUUCCAGUAACUAGAGGCCCUGGCGGUGUGAUAUACUCUGGCUCAACAUGCAAGCAAGGUGAGCUCGAAGCAAUCGUCAUAGCCACUGGAGUCCACACCUUCUUUGGCAAGGCAGCUCAUCUCGUCGAGAGCACAACCCAUGUCGGGCAUUUCCAAAAGGUCUUAACUUCAAUUGGGAACUUCUGCAUCUGUUCAAUUGCUGCUGGGAUGUUAAUCGAGAUCAUAGCUAUAUACGGCUUCCAACAAAGAAGUUACCGUACUGGGAUAGACAACCUUUUGGUUUUACUCAUUGGUGGCAUCCCUAUUGCCAUGCCUACAGUUCUUUCAGUCACCAUGGCCAUUGGUUCUCAUCGCUUAUCUCAGCAGUUUGAACUGCAGGGUGCCAUCACUAAGAGGAUGACAGCUAUUGAGGAAAUGGCAGGAAUGGAUGUCUUGUGUAGUGAUAAAACAGGCACUCUCACUCUUAACAAACUUACAGUGGACAAGAGUAUGAUAGAGGUCUUUGCAAAGGGCGUUCAGCAAGAUGAUGUAGUUCUGAUGGCUGCCAGAGCUUCGAGGUUGGAGAAUCAAGAUGCUAUUGACGCGGCCAUUGUUGCCAUGCUAGCUGAUCCAAAAGAGGCACGAGCUGGGGUUACCGAAGUUCAUUUCCUGCCCUUCAAUCCAACUGACAAGAGGACAGCACUGACUUACCUAGACAGUUCCGGCAAGAUGCAUCGAGUCAGCAAAGGCGCCCCAGAGCAGAUUCUUAAUUUGGCAUACAACAAAGCAGAAAUUGCCAAUAGGGUACAUGGAAUCAUCGACAAGUUUGCUGAGCGUGGACUACGAUCACUUGGGAUUGCCCGACAGGAAGUUCCUGACAAUCACAAGGAAAGUUCAGGUGGACCAUGGGAGUUUGUUGGCCUGCUACCACUCUUCGAUCCUCCGCGACAUGAUAGUGCUGAGACCAUCAGAAGAGCUCUUGAUCUUGGUGUUGGUGUCAAGAUGAUCACUGGUGAUCAGUUGGCCAUUGCAAAGGAGACUGGGAGGCGGCUUGGCAUGGGAACCAACAUGUAUCCUUCAUCAUCUUUGCUUGGAGAGAGCAAAGGGACAGGGUUUGAGUCUCUACCAGUUGAUGAGCUCAUUGAAAAUGCUGAUGGGUUUGCUGGUGUCUUUCCUGAACACAAGUAUGAGAUUGUGAAGAAACUGCAAGCCAAGAAGCAUAUUGUUGGGAUGACUGGUGAUGGAGUGAAUGAUGCACCAGCACUGAAGAUUGCAGACAUUGGAAUUGCCGUGGCUGAUUCAACUGAUGCGGCUCGUGGUGCCUCCGAUAUUGUGCUCACCGAGCCAGGGUUGAGUGUGAUCAUUAGUGCUGUCUUGACCAGCCGUGCAAUCUUCCAGAGGAUGAAGAAUUACACAAUAUAUGCAGUAUCCAUCACUAUCCGUAUAGUUAUGGGAUUCAUGUUGCUCACUUGCUUCUGGGAAUUUGAUUUCCCUCCCUUCAUGGUCCUCAUCAUCGCCAUCCUCAAUGACGGCACUAUAAUGACAAUUUCCAAAGACAGAGUGAAGCCAUCACCAGUACCAGAUAGCUGGAGGCUGGGUGAGAUCUUUGCGACUGGUAUCGUAUUAGGAGGAUACCUAGCCAUUAUGACUGUCAUCUUCUUCUGGGCAGUUUAUGAAACCAACUUCUUCUCGGAGCAUUUCCAUGUACCAAGCUUGAGAAAGAGUCACUACAACACGUCAGACCCGGAUGUGGUUGAUUUGCUUAAUAAGAAGCUAGCAUCGGCUGUUUACCUGCAAGUCAGCACAAUCAGCCAGGCGCUGAUCUUCGUGACUCGAUCCAGAAGCUGGUCCUUUGUUGAAAGGCCUGGUAUGCUUUUGGUCAUCGCCUUCAUCAUUGCUCAGUUGAUAGCGACGGUCAUAUCAGCGCUAGCAAACUGGGGAUUCGCUGGAAUUCAUAGCAUAGGCUGGAAAUGGACCGCCGUCAUUUGGGUUUACAACAUUGUGACUUACAUGCUUCUUGAUCCAAUCAAGUUUGGCGUCCGAUAUUGCUUGAGCGGCAGAGCUUGGGGACUUGUCUAUAACCAAAGGACUGCAUUGACUACACAAAAGGACUUCGGAAGGGAAGCUAGGGAAGCGGCAUGGGCGACUGAGCAGAGAACACUGCACGGCCUGCAAUCAGCAGAGUCGAAGCCAAUUCACGACAAAAGCACCUUCAGGGAAAUCAGCAUCGUUGCUGAAGAAGCCAAGAGGCGCGCUGAGCUUGCCAGACUAAGAGAGCUGCACACACUGAAGGGCAAAGUGGAGUCAGUUGUGAAGUUGAAGGGAUUGGACGUUGAAGUCAACCCACAUUAUACAGUCUAAUCAAGGAGGCUACAAGUGAAGUACAACUGCUGAUGGUCUAUUUCACUACCAAUGAAACUUCUCUUUUCACUUUUGUUCUCACUUUUUUUCUUACAUGUAUUAUCAAGAAUGGUUAUUUUUCUUUUUUAACGAAGACCAAUAAUACACCUUUGUUGUUGUAGUAAAAUGAGAUUGGUGAAACUACCUACUGUGAAAUUGUAAGAUAUGCAGAUUACACUUGUACCCGGAU